AUGACUAGCAAAGGUAAGAUCUUAAUGUUGCAUGGGUUCGUUCAAUCUGAUCGUAUUUUCUCUGGUAAAACAGGCGGUUUACGUAAAAAUUUGAAGAAGUUAGGUUACGAGCUAUAUUAUGCUAAUGGACCUGAAAUAGUAGAUAAAUCCACAUUGCCAGGUGGUGACGAUAAUAAGACUACUGAAAUGCUUAUUGCUGACGCGAAGUCUGAUGAUUUAUACGGUUGGUGGUUAAGAAAGACUUCCGGACCUCAAGCAUUGAUGAAUUAUGAGAUUCAACAAUCUACAUUUGAUUAUUUGCAUGAUUAUAUUGUUGAGAAUGGGCCAUUUGAUGGUGUUAUUGGGUUCAGUCAGGGUGCUGGUCUCGGUGGGUAUAUUGUGCAAGAUAUUAGAAAUAUUUUAAAUUUAACUGAAGAACAACAGCCUGAUUUGAAGUUCUUCAUUUCAUUUAGUGGGUUUAAACUGAUUCCUGAUAUAUAUCAAGAACCAUACACAUUAAAUCAUGCACCAUCUUCUUUACAUGUCAUUGGUGAAAUGGAUGCUGUAGUGAGUGAAGAGAGAACAAUGCAACUAUUCAAUGAAUGGGCUGAUGAUAAGAGAGUUCUAUUAAAACAUGCAGGUAGUCAUUUUAUUCCAAAUUCUAAACCAUUUGCUAUGCAAGUUUGUAAUUGGAUAAAAAUUACUACUGAAGAGGAGACAAAGAAAAAUAAGGAAACUGCUGAAAUUACUAAGAACAGUAAGAAAUCUGCUGAUCCUGGUAGUUUAGAAGAUGAUUUGAUGAACAUGAUGGAUUCAAUUGGAAAAUUAUAG